AUGGCCAAACGUGCCUUGCUGUUUUUUUGCCUGUGGGCCGUUUGCGCUAGAGCCUGGCUACCACCUCACGUUAUAACGAUGCUAGGCGCCUGUGCUCAGUGCCCUGUGGGGAAGUAUAAACCAACCCGAGGGGGCGUUCUCGAGAACUGCCUUGGCUGUCCGGCCGGCCAAUACUCUGAUACGUUGGGUGCCACAAGCUGCAAGGCUUGCCCCCAGAACACGUAUCAAGGCGGCUCGGUCAACAAUGCUGCGACAGUGCAGUGCUUGCCCUGCCCUGCUGGCCAGGAGCAGUUCCAAACGGGCCAGGCCUCAUGUGUCAAUUGUGCGGCGGGCAAAUUUAAGGCAAACACUGAAGCUGCAUUUUGCACCAUCUGUCGUACCGGUUACUCGGUUGUGGAUGCUCGCACGGCCUGCCGUGACAAUACGCCACCGGUUGUGACGAUCUUUACCCCCAACCCUACCUACCUGCAACAAUUUGAACCUGUUCCCACUCUCAAUUACAGCGCGAUUGAUUCAAGCGGCGAUGAGGUGUUUGUGACCUCCCGUGGCAUUGUCGACAAUACGGUUCAAGGCACCUACCUUGUUCGGUUGACGGCGACGGACAUCUCUGGCAAUGAGGCCGUGGUAACAUGGCAGGUGGUCAUCGACGAUCCGGACGCCCCGCAAAUAUCCCUGAUUGGCGCUUCGUCCAUCACACAUGAGGCAGGCACGCCCUUCAGCGAUCCCGGCGCCACCAUUUUCGAUAACCUGCAGGGCGACUUGACCGGUCGACUGGAGAGCGAUGCCCGAACCACGGUCAACGUGAAUGCCUUGGGCAUUUACACUGUCACCUAUCGUAUGUCCGGCACGGAUGACCAAGGCCUGACAGCAACGCCGAUCUCACGCCUCGUAGAGGUGAUCGAUACCAUCAACCCGGCUAUCUGGAUUGUGGGUAACGAUCCCUUGGAGGUGGAGGCUGCUGUGCCAUACCGGGAUCCGGGCGUCGUUGCAAUCGACUCCUUUGAGGGGAACAUUACUGCCAAGGUCAAGACGAACUUGAUUGUGGACACCAAAGUGCCGUCGGGUUACUUUUACAACCUUGUUUACACCGUGGAGGAUGUGUCCAGGAACACAAACGCCACGACACGUACCGUCGUCGUCCGAGAUACUCGCCCUCCGGUCAUCACGAUCCGCGGCAGCAACCCCGUCACUCAUGAGGCUGGGGUGAUCUAUGUGGACAGCUCUGCGACAGCGCUUGAUGCUAAUGAUGGCAGCCUGUCCGUGAGCUCGAGUGGUACUGUGCCGUGGGACUCAACCAAGAGUGUCAAGAGCGAGCACAUCAUCACGUACACUUCAUCGGAUGCAGCCAAUAACCGGGCCACAGCCGAACGGACAGUGGUGCUGAUUGACUCGCCCCCAACCCUGACGCUUGCCGAGCCCACAGAAAUGAGAAUCCCCUUUGGCACCAUUUAUCGCGAACCCGGGUACGGAGCGACGGACAUUCGUGACGGCGAUCUAUCAAGCGAGGUGAUUGUGACCAACUCUUCCAUCAUCAACCUCGAAAAGGCAGGUCGCUAUGAAUUGGUCUACCGCGUUUAUGAUCAGCUGGACAGCGAAGCCCGUGCAACCCGCACCAUUGAAGUUGAAGACUUUGAGCUACCGGAAGAGAGCUUUCGAGCCCGCUUCACAGUGGAAGGAACGCUGAAUAGCCUGCCCUCGGCGUCUGAGCUCGACAGUGUUUUAUCUGCAGCAACAAAUUCGUUUGCUUUUGUCGUCACACGCCGCCUGAAGACUGCCACCAACGAUGAUUUCAAUGAAUUGCCCAGCAGUCGUGUCAAUCUAAGGCGACGUCGCCAAAGUGCAGGGUCACGUGGUGGUGCGCGUCAACUAUUGGCCACGGAGGUUAUCAUCGAGGUGGUCGCUCGUCGUCGAACUGACUUUGAGUACAUGGAUGCUCUCACAAUCAUCAACCUUGUGGGUGACAAGGAAGGAGCUUCAUCGCUCAUCGGGGCCGAGGUUAAGUCUGCCAAAAGCGCAGCAGCUUCAUCGUCGUCCACCUCGACAGAGGGGGGCCUGAUCGCCGGAGUAGUUGUUAGUUUGCUCUUGUUGGUGCUGGUGCUGGCUGGGGCGCUCCUUUACCGGCGUCGUUACUUACGUUCACCCAUCGAGAUUGAGAAGCGUAAGUCCGUGGCCAAGUUCAACGAUCCCCGCAAGCGAACAGAGACGACGGCCAUGAUGCAUAAUCCCCUCUUUGCGCAACGCAUCGACAAUACCAUGGGCUCCAAUGCAUCCAACCACAAUUAUGAGUCGCCGCUAGAUGUUGGGUUGCCGGGUCGGCCAACAACGGCCUCGACUACUGCCGGCGAGGACCCCUUUGCCGCGUAUUCUACCGAGCCCGUGCAGAUGCAUCAGUCGUCCUUUGGCAUGGUGCCGAUGGCGCGCGACCUCCGAGGUUACGAGCAGCCCAAUGCACCUACAGACACGUAUGAUCAACCACGCUCUGCGGACAUGCUUGACGACGAGCGCCCACUAGAUUUUACGGCGCUCUUGUCUGCAACGGACGAUGAGCCUACGGGAUGGGACGAGGAUUCGGACACGGACGCUCCGCCUCGCCCACCCAAAGCGUUUGGCGGGCAUCACAUCUCCGGUGCUGCUGCAGGUUCAAGCGCAGUGGAUUGGGGUGCGCCGGUGGUUGAGACGUUGUUGGCUCAGGCAGAACGCCAAUCUGCGUUUAUGGGUCCAAUCGGGCGCGAGGAGACCACUGCCAAAUUGGCACCCUUCGAGGCCGGCACAUAUCUGCUGCGUUACAGUUCCACGACGUCGACGGUGGUCAUUUCCUUCAAGACCACCAGCACCAAGGUGAAGCAUUUUCCCAUCGAACUCAAGGAUGGCGUGCUCUGCGUGGACAAGAAGGAGGUGGAUGGCGUGGACUCGCUCGAGGCAUUGCUGGCGUUGUUGAAGGUGGACGACAGCUUUUUGGGCAUCUGCAUCACAUGCAUGCCCACGGAUCCUAGCGCUGAGAUCUAUCAAAACAAGAGCAGCCAGGAAACCUGGUACAAGGGCAAUAUCACGCGCGGAGCGGCGGAGCAAAUGUUGCGCAACCAACCGGAUGGCACCUUCUUAGUUCGCAAGCGUGACACUGACUCGUACGCCAUCAGCAUGAUUUUCGAUCGCAAAUUUUCACAUCACUUGCUGGAUGUGCGCCCUGGUGCCCCGGUUCUCAUCAACAAAGCCGAGGGACUGAGUUCCACGACGCUGGAGGAUGCCAUCCAAGAGCUCAAGUCCGUGAUGGGUCCAAAGCUUCCUUGUUUGUUGGGCGCGGCAUGUCCCUAAAGUGGCUGCCCACUCCGUCAAACCUCCGUCAGGUGCCUUGAACGAUCAUCUAAUUUUGUUUGCUUGUCAUAUACCCUCUUUGUCAUGCGCUCAGCGUUGCCCCACCGUCAUGCUUGUAUCUUCUCUUUUUCUUUUUGCAAUGCCAUCUGGGACUGAUGACAGGUCGCCACUUGCUCAACGGUGUUGAGUGCUCUUGUUUUGAUUUUUGUCUUGUGUCGUGUUGUUAUUUUCUCUUUUUGAUUUUUCCUUGACUUUUCCAGUGUUUCUGGGUUUUUCUUCCUGACUCUGUCUUGGCGAUGCAGGAGCAAGAAUCGAUGCAAUCGUCC